UCAUCUAUGUCUGAUUAUUAUUUUGCUCACAAACAUCAUUUCUAGAGAAAAUGGGAAAAAAAGAAAAUUACCUGGAUUGUCAUUUCGAUCAGUGGUCAAGAUCUGAAGAUCUAUGUUGUUAAAAACAAGUCGUCGGUUUCUUUCACCAACGUAGCCUAUUCUGCUGGAUUCAAUAAGAAUCUUAUCGCGUCAGAAGCGUCUGCGGCGGGGACCAGAUAGGAGUACUUUAAACAAGGGUAUAUUUUAAAAUGGUGCUGUUAUUGUUGUUGGACAAGGUGAUGGUAAACUCUCUUGUACUUACGUUCAGUUUGGCACUGAUCUCUGAGUUUGUGGGAGCUCAGAAUGACACGGAGCCUAUAGUUCUGGAGGGCAAAUGUCUAGUGGUUUGCGACUCUAAUCCGACUACGGAUUGGAAGGGCUCGUCCUCUCCUCUAGGCAUUUCAGUGCGCGCGGCAAACUCCAAGGUGGCUUUUUCUGCGGUCCGGAGCAACAAUCACGAACCAUCGGAGAUGAGCAAUAAAACAAGAAUUAUUUACUUCGACCAAGUUCUUGUGAAUAUAGGCAACUAUUUCACAUUGGAGUCAGUAUUUCUGUCUCCAAGAAAAGGGAUCUACAGUUUUAACUUCCAUGUUAUAAAGGUGUACCAGAGCCAGACAAUACAGGUGAAUUUAAUGUUGAAUGGGAAACCGGUCAUCUCAGCUUUUGCGGGAGACAAAGACGUAACACGAGAGGCAGCCACCAAUGGAGUUCUGCUCUUUUUGGAUAAAGAGGACAAGGUCUACCUUAAACUGGAGAAGGGGAAUCUAGUUGGUGGAUGGCAAUACUCUACAUUUUCUGGUUUUCUUAUUUUUCCGCUGUAAAAAGAACAAAAAUCCCACUGUUCAAAUGACUUCAAUGAUCAACAAUGUUUUGUCAGUGUAUAAUCAAAACAUUUCUACAUCAAUUGGAUCUAGCCAAAGGAUGGAUAAAGUUAUGUUCCAUGGUCAUGGAUUGCUACAGAACGAAGAGACAAAGCAUUGAAGUUUGAUGGAAAUAGGAAUCCCCUCUACAAAUGCAAUAGUGCUCCAAAAAAUCUCUUCAUUUUAUUGCUAUGCUCAUAUUACUUGACAUCUUCAAUGGGCAAUCAUCACUUCACAACAAUUCCUCACAAUAUGUUUAGCAUAACCAUUUCAUCUUUUUAAACUUUUUUUUAUGAUAGAAUUUCCAAGUUGCCAGGUUUCUUUUGAAGAUGUCUUUCCUAUGGUGGAAAUUGAUUUGUUUUCCUCACCAAGGGUGACAUGCGUGGUAAUACAAAAUUCCAUUACCCAACUAUCACCCCCUUUUGCAUGUGCAGUCACACAUGCUGUCUCUAGAAGUGAUAACAAAUCACAGGUUUUUUCAUUUGGAGUGUGUAAUGCCAGCAUGCUUGACUUGUGAAAUUAUUCUAACAAUGCAAGUUUUUUAUUUAUCUUAAUACGCUCCCAGGUAUAUCUAAAAUGCCCAAUUGAUCAGUUGGGGAAUUAACAACAAAAUGUUCUGCUAAAGUAUGCACAACAGGUAAGUUAGAAAUUGCCUAAAUAUAAAUUGUUUCCCCAUUUAGCAGAUGGUAAUAUCCAGUGCAACUUACAGGAGCAAUUUGGGUAAACUUGCUCAAGGAUGGAGCAACUAAGUUUUCCAGCUGGGGGAUUCGAUGUAGCAACCUUUUGAUUAAUGGUCAGAAGCUCCAACUUCUAGUUUAUCUGCCACGGACCCAUGUUGGCAUAUAGACAAACACAAUGCAGUUUAAUUGCAGACAUAUACUUGUUAAAUGAAUCAAUAUUUGAAAUGUACAGCUCUGGAAA